CGCAAAUAAGCCCGGCGGGACACAAGUGUCAUGGCGCGCUCCAUCUGAAGCCUGUGCAGUUUCCUGACAGUCGCUUGUGGUUUUUCUCUCAGUUUGGACAGAUUCAUCUUUCAAGAGGACUUGAGACCAAUUUCAGAUAAUCAAGAUGCCUUCUGCAUCCUGUGAUGUACUGCUGGAUGACAUAGAAGAUAUCAUAUCACAGGAAGAUUCAAAGCCACAAGACAGACAUUUCUCAAGAAAGCAUGUGUUUCCUAAAGUACGGAGGCGGAAUACCCAAAAAUAUUUGCAAGAAGAGCCCAGCCCACCAAGUGACAGCACGAUUCCAGGCAUACAGAAAAUUUGGAUACGAACAUGGGGCUGCUCACAUAAUAAUUCAGAUGGAGAAUACAUGGCUGGACAGCUUGCUGCCUAUGGCUAUAAAAUUACAGGAAAUAAAACAGAAAUAAAUCUAAGGGCCUUCAGAAUGGAGUUUUCACUCACCACUCAGAAUUAGGGGAAGGAGAGUAUCUCUAGAGAAGACCUGGCGGGCGCACACCGGCCCCUGAGGAGUGAAGGAGAGCUUGGGGGUCACAGCUUCCGACAGUUAGGCUUCUAUUUAGUGAUGUCUAAGUCUCUCCAUUUCCGUGUCUGUUUCUGUUCUGUAGAGUGACAAGGCUUGCCAAUGGCCUGAAGAUGUUUCUGAGAUGUUUAAUGAUUGCUGUUGUGAUUUGCUUUCACAGAAGAGCUCAGUGUAAAAUAGCUUUUCCUGUAUCUCAGUUUCUGCAAUGCUGAGUCUGACCCAGGCCUUUGUGCACAGCAGGCCAGCACUUAGCAGAUGUCCUGUGUCCCCAGCCCCAGAGCAUCACUCAACGCACCUUCAGCUUCUGGUGUUGAUCCUUCUGUGUUUUCUGUCGCUGUCUUGCUAACCUUAUAAGGUGUCUUCAUUUUGACAGCUUUUAGCUGUGAUAUAAAAACUCACUAUCUGAAGAACUAUUUGCCGAUGGUGAUUUGAGUAAAGUUGAGUGAUUCAAGAGCACAGGCAGACCAUUGUAAUAUCUUCUGCUUUCCACACGAGAGCUGAAUUGGUAGUUAGUGGACAGAAAUGAAGGAACGAACUCUGAGGGGUACUAGAGAAAUAUGUUGUGAUUUCAUAACACUGAAAUUAUUGAACAAUAUCAACAGGGAGGACAGUGAAGGUGGUAUGCAGACCUCAUCAGUUUAAGGCACAAAUCCUUGAAUGGGCGUGUUUGAAGCUUAUCAACCACAGUUCACUUGUGCAUCUUGUGCCUUAGGCACGGUGUAAGGCGGGUGCAGGCUGUGAUGAUGAAGGCUGAACUCUCUCCUCGGUAAGGGAAAGGCCAUUUGCAGUUUCAGUGAUGAGGCCCUCCCCAUUGACACACGUAUAAAUAUUGUCUUGGAAACACUGUUUAAUAUUUUUGAAAUGUAAAUACCUUUAUGAGUGCAGUUAAUGUUUGUAUAGUCAUGUAAUAAUUUAAGCAUAAACAUCAUUUUCUGGGCACAUGUAUAAGAAAAAACAUUGUAAAAAAGAAUAAAACCAUUUUUCAACGUAUAUAGAAAUGUGUGUAUUACUUAUAACAAUUAUGAUUAUAUGGUUAUAUAAUUAUAAUAAAUUAAUGUUGGAAUUCGAAAA